GCUAUUUGUACCUGCCGGCUGUCGACGUAAAACUCAUACGACACCCAUUCGGUGAUAAGACUCUCUCUCCAUGUUAAUCUCGUUAAACAUGACGGCACUAGCGGCGAAUCGAAUGGGAGACAGCGCAGGGAAACCCUCUCAAUGCUCCCCCACACACACACUCCAGCUGUGUACGGAGAACGUAAUGAUUCAUUCGCUUUUUUCGUAUAAAGAAUAUUAACUUCAAUUUUUCAUGUUCGAUUUUAAUUGAUUAGCGAAAAUCAGCAAAGACGAAUUUAUAAAUUGAAUUCGAAUGAUGGAUGAAGAAAUUUCCAGGAUGUGGUUACGGGUUACUGGCGUAAAUUUUUGUCUGUACGUAAAACACGUGAGGCUAUUAGACAGCCAGGGUCUUGGUGAUCUAUUCUAAUCUUGUUAGUUUCUCUACGUACGUAGUCGUACGAGUACCGAAAAUAGACUCGAUAUCUUUCGUUUUGAAAGGUUAGUGUCGCAGUCAUUUUCUUCGAACUUACGUCAACUGAAAGUAUUUGACGACGGAACUCGUUUUUUCUACGUACGUUUCCAUAUCGGAUCCGUGUAGGAAACCGAACUGAUGCGGUUUUCCUGUUUCCCUGAUUCCAUCUUUUAAUCGGUUGAGUAUAUAAUAUGGGGGCAUACAAAUCUGCCCAGUUGAGAUCGAGUCUGACUACUACUGCAUGUCGGUGAUGAAUUUUUGGCUGGCGGCAUUACUUAUUUUCGUGUCCAGGUUAGAUGUUGUACAACCACGCCGGCGCCAUAGCAACGAUGUCGUUUUCCACGUCCUGGAGGGUCAACGUUUGUCCGCUAGAGAACUGGCCGACGAACACGGGCUGGAAUACAUUUCGGAGGUGUUUCCAGGGUCCAGCAGGUACCACCACGCCGUCAUGAAAGAGAGAACGCUGGAUCUGAUAUCCAUGGAGAAACUAUCGACUGACCCGAGGAUCGUUUGGGCUGAAAAGCAGAUUUAUCAACGCAGGGAUUUGCGGUUUAUUUCGUCUGCUCAAGGCCGCCUACUAGUCGACGAAGAAGACCUUUCCAAUUUGACGGAUGACAAUGAAAUCGAAUCGGAUGGAUCGGAAAUGUUUAACGAUCCUCAGUACCCACUCCAGUGGUACUUGCACGGGAAGAACCCCGGAGACACUCACCAUUUGAACGUGACACCUGUUUGGCGAAAAGGGCUGACCGGCCGGGGUGUAGCCAUCGCCGUCCUUGAUGACAACGUCAAUCCGUCCAAUCCGGAAAUUAGACGUAAUUAUGAUCCGAAUAUUAGCGUUGAUUUGGGAGCCAAAAGCGGGCCGGGCAUUAAGAAAAAUCCGAUUCACGGAACGUAUUGCGCUUCCAUCAUCGCGGCCGAAGCCAACAACAAUUUCUGCGGCGUCGGAGUCGCUUUUAACGCUCGCGUCGGUGGCGUCCGUCUCUUGGCAAAGAAACGCGUCCUCGACGUCCAGGAAGCCAGAGCUCUCAAUUACAAGCUGAACGAAGUGGACAUUUACAGCGCAUCUUGGGGGCCCCCGGACGAUGGUAAACACAUUGGAGGGCCGGGAAAGUUGUCCUACCACGCCCUGGAACGCGGUGUUGAAUUGGGUCGUCGGGGACGCGGUGCUAUUUACAUUUGGGCGUCUGGGAAUGGCGGAAUCAAGGGAGACAACUGCGCUUACGACAGUUACGCCUCCAGCGUCUACACGCUAUCCGUUUCGGCUUUGACACCUCAAGGUUUGUCGCCCUAUUACGCGGAACCCUGCCCGGCUGUUUUGACGAGCCUCUACGUCGGCGGCCAACACCUUAGACCCAAAUCGCCGUUCGAUGCCGAAAAGACGGACAAUGUGGUUGUCCCUGAGGGAAGCAAUGGAUGCCAAAACCAGUUCCAGGGAACGUCGGCCGCUGCUCCACUUGCCGCCGGCAUUAUCGCUUUACUCCUUGAAGCCAAUCCGCUUCUUACUUGGAGGGAUGUCCAGCACCUGGUCGUUCUCAGCUCCUCACCACCGAAACAAGACUAUGGAAACAAGGAACAAUCAUUGACUCAUUGGCCGGCCAACGGUGCCGGACUCCGUUCCAAUGUCCUUUAUGGUUUUGGAGCUUUGAACGCUGGUCGGCUAAUUGACUUGGGACUUGGCUGGAAAUCGGUUCCAGCCCAAAUUCGCACUUCAACUCAAUGUCCUGCAGGACCGAUAAUUCUACCACCCAAUCGGCCAGUCCAUCUAACCCUGGACGUCACGAGCAACGUUUCCAUCUCUUCUUUGGAAUACGUUACGAUGCAUAUCGACGUUGAUGUCAAGCCCCGAGGAGCUUUGACCAUCUCCUUGCAAUCACCAUCAGGAAUGGUGUCACAGCUUCUGGCUCCAAGACCACACGAUCUAAGUAACCUGGGAUUACGUAACUGGAACUUGACUUCGGCUCAAUUUUGGGGAGAAAAUCCUACCGGCCAGUGGCGCCUCUAUUUAACUAAUUUGAGUCCCAACAGUCCAGGAAUGCUUCACUUGUGUUCUCUGAUUCUGUUGGGCUUUUGAACUUUAAUUAUUUAUACGUCAAUGCGCACAUCUUUCAAUAAAAAGAAUUAUUAUGA